AUGACGAUGCAUAUGAGCGUAAACUCCCUAUCACCAAGGCGCACGGUAGCGUUCACGACCCCAGAAAAGAACUACUCAAGUAGACUCUCUCUCCUCCUUGAGCGCCACAACUUCAUCCCCCUCUCCUGUCCUACCAUCAUUGUUGGCCCCACUUCCUCCACCACACUAUCUCUCCUCCACCACAUCUCCCACCUCAACCACUUCUCUGCCAUCGCAUUCACAUCUCGUUCCGGCAUCUCCGCCUUCUUCUCCGCCCUCUCUCAAUCUCCACCUCUCUCCGACCAACAACUUACUCUCGCAGCCCUUGGAAAAGACGCCGACCUCCUCACUCCUCAAUUCAUCUCCAUGCUAUCCUCCAACUCCGACCGAGUCAAGAUCGUUCUCCCAUCCAAUCCCACCCCGAGUGGACUCGUUCACUCACUCGGUCCUGGGCUGGCCCGUAAAGUCCUCUGCCCCGUUCCCCUUGUUUUGGGCCUUAAUGAGCCGCCUGUUGUCCCGGAUUUUCUUAGGGAAUUGGGCUCCAUGGGCUGGGUUGCGGUUCGUGUUGACGCCUAUGAGACUAGCUGGGCUGGGCCGGACUGUGCUGAGAAGUUGGUGAAUGCCCAGAAUUUGGAUGGCCUUGUUUUUACGAGUACGGCUGAAGUGGAGGGUUUGUUGAAGAGUUUAAGGGAGUAUGGGCUGGAUUGGGAGGAUAUGAGGAAAAGAUGGCCUAGGCUUGUUGUUGCGGCCCAUGGGCCUGUUACAGCUUCUGGGGCUGAAAGGUUAGGAGUUGGAGUUGAUGUUGUGAGUUCUAACUUUGGUAGCUUUUAUGGAGUUGUUGAGAUUUUCGAUCAUAUUUGGAGAUAG